AGGUAAGUUUUGGUUAAUACUCUGACUUUAUGCCUACAAUUUGUUUGUUUGUCUCGAUACAUCACUAGACUAGACAGAUCAGUGCAUAGAUUCUGUUUUGUUUUUGUACAGUACAGAUUCCGAACGCGCAUAACCAAAAAUGGCUACAGACAUCGUAACCACACUACAGUUAGACAAAGAAUUGUCCGGAAGAGUUAUCGCUGUCAAGGAGAUUAUAAACUGUGAUAGUUCCUUUAUAAUCAGUUGUGUUCUGAGCCAUUGUAUUAAAAAUAAAUCUGCUGUGAUUUUAAUAUCACUUCAUAAAUCGUUAUCUCAUUACCAAAAUGUCGGUAUCAAAAUGAAUUAUAGUUUACAGAAAAAUAUAGACGCUGGAUUUAUAAUAUUCUGCGAUUUAGGUGCCGAAUAUGCCGAUAAAUUAAUGAAAAAUCAAGAUAUACCUAUUGUUUGUUUAUUGAGCAAAGUAAAUGAAACUAUAGUAAAGAUGCAAGAGAAAUAUGAAACUGUGAAUAUAAUUUUAGACGGUAUCACGCAUUUGUUUGAUAUGAAUUACAAUCUAAGCGAGGUGAAUUCAUUUUGUAACGAAAUUAUUAAAAAUGCCAGGCAUAUUAAGAAAUCAUUUUUAUUAUUCCAUUGCAAUGUGGCAAGCGACGAUGAUAUUUCAAAUGUGAUGUCGAAUCUCCUGUCCCAUAAAUCAGAUAUACUUCUAGAAGUUGAAAAUUUGCCAUCUGGAUGGAGUGCCGACGUAUCCGGACACCUCGCAAUGAAAUACAUUGGCAGAAAAUUUGAAGAUGAACAUGAUCUUUAUUCGAUGGAUUUGAAAUUCAGUAAAUAUCUCUUCAAGUUGUUUGAUCGGGGCGUUAAAUUAAUGGCACCUGGAACAGUGUAAUGGUUUAUUGAAAUAAAAUAUACUUAACGUAA